UAGUGUCGGUGGCUAACAGUAAAUAGCGUUAAUUUGACAAAAGAAUUCUUGUACACCUACUCUUUUAUAUGUAUUUCUUUUGCUUUCGCGGGUUUCACUGACACUUAAUAUAAUGGCGGAAAAAUUCGACAACCUGGAGGAGCAUCUGGAGAAAUUUAUCGAGAAUAUUCGACAGUUGGGGAUCAUAGUAAGCGACUUCCAGCCGAGUAGCCAGACCGGUCUCAACCAAAAACUAAAUUUCAUGAUAUCUGGACUGCAAGACAUCGAGAAGUGCCGUCAGCAGCUACAUGAGAUUAACGUACCGCUGGAGGUGUUUGAAUACAUCGACCAAGGCCGAAACCCUCAGCUGUACACCAAGGAGUGUCUGGAGAGAGCCUUGGCGAGGAACGAACAGGUCAAAGGAAAGAUUGACACCAUGACGAAAUUCAAGAGCCUCCUAAUCUCUGAGCUCGGCAAAGUCUUUCCAGAGGAGAUGUCCAAAUAUAAGGCUAUACACGGAGAUGAUGCCCCCUCCUAGUGACCGCUGCACCAAGACCCCCCGACCUUCAACCUGUGACCCUCGAAUUGAAAAGUCCGGACAGAGUUCGACCGAGCAGGAUCCUCUGCGGUUGCUGGCAGGAUGUGAAAAUAGCCUGUUUAUAAUUUCUCAUACAUGUCGUGAUGCUGUUGCCGACCAGUAUCCACGGGGAGAAGGUUUUAAUUUGUGCUCAGCAGCCCGACUAAGCCAAUCUUGUCCACUCUACCCUAUAUUGAAAUUUUGUUCAUUUAAAGAAAUACAAAUCAAAAGUAUAGAGGGCAAACAAGUAAUUUUCCGCAUUUGGGUUGUUGCGUUGCUAGGAGACACAUUCGCUUUUUAAAGUCCCUGUUUUUUGUUUUUUUCUUGCAUGGACACUUAAGUUAGCAGCAGUAGUAUUUCUACAACUCCCAACUGUACAGAAGAAAACGCUACGCAGCGCCUUUUCUGAUUCUGCAUUAAGGAAUUAAACUUCAUCGGUUGUACAUACAGUAUAUUUAUACACUCUACCUUUUUGUAAUGCUUCCUAAUAAUUGUGCGACAUACAUUUGUACCACACACAAUUCAUAACAUUUUGUAUCAAGCUCAGGUUUCUAAUGGCCAUGAUAAUUGAAUGCAGAUGUUAUUUGAUGGUAAUUCUGUGCCUGAUCACUCAACAUGGUCAGAAACGAGUCCACUCUUUAUUUGUAACUUGUUUGUAUUAUAAUUUUUGUUAAUAAAUGAUCCUUG